AUGUUGCGCUUCUCCCUCCUCACGGAUGCGCUCGUGAGUGAUAUCAGCAGAGGAGUCUUGAUCACGCUUGCCUCUGUUGCCCAGCUCUUCCCUGAAGCGAAGUUCUGUGGUCGGUUUGUGCUACUCUCCCAGAGAGGUAGCCGAUACGAGGGACAAGCCUGUCCCUACAAGAAACCCAUCUUUCUCGCCACAGAGAUCCGUCUCGCCGCGAAGAUCGACUUCGCCGCAACGAUCUCCUCCGCCAAGAAAGGACGAGAGCCCCCUCCGUCCGCACCACGCCGCUCGAGAAAAUCUUCCUCGAGCGACAAACCCCGCAGCUCGAAGAAAUCCUCCUCGAGCGAGAAGAUCCUCAAACUCAUGGAGAAUCUCGUCAAGCCACUCGCCGACGGUUUCGAGUCAAUGCGAGCACAGCAGAAAAAGACUCAGGAACAGGCGACUUACCACCAAGAGCUCGAACGGAUGAAUCGUCGCCUCGACGAGGUCGAUUCGAAAGUUCAUCGCGCCACCAGCUCAGCUCCGGAAUUGACGAAAGCACUCGCCGACACCCGAAGAAGCCCGCUCACCCGCAGGCUCCGCCAGAUUGACUACACGAAAGAGUUCGACUCAAAAUCGACUCUUACACCGGCGAAGAAGACCCCAAGAAGUGGCUAA